AUGGAACGCUUGAUCCGUUACGGAAGUGUCGACUCUAUUCCCUUCUACAACUGCAGCUGGAAGUCGUCGGACGAAUGGACGAAGAACGGAUUACGCCGUCCGUUUCUCGGAUGGUUGUUGCUUGUGUUCGGAGUGUCUGUCGAGGUCAGUUCGAAUUGGAAAUGUGCUCUGAUGCCAUCCUGAAUUCAGUUCCUGUACCUGCCAAUCCUCUACAUAAUCUUCAAAACUCGUCUAAUCCGUUACGCGUGCUAUAAACUCAUCAUCCUGCUUGCCGUAACUGACAUGAGCGCAACAAGUACUUACUUGCCCGAUCUUUCCUCUCUUUUCAUCAUAACUAAAUCCUUAUUCUUCGUUUUCCAGUGUGCGCCUCCAUCUUCAGCGGUUUCCUUUACAUCCAAGGAGCCGUGUUUUGCACGUACCCAACAUUUGAGUACAUUUCCGGUGGAUUCGCAAUAAGUAGCAUUACCCGCUAUUCAGCCCAUUCCGGCUCAUGAUCUAUACUUUCAGACACGUGGUGCAUGGCGUGUGCCAUUACCAUCUCAUUGUUCGCCAACCGCGUGUGCAGCAUUGCCUUCCGCGAGUACGCGGACGUCAUCGAGGGCAAACUCACCUACACUUCGAUGUUCUUUUCCGUACUUUACGGCGGAUACAUUUUGUUCUUCACGCCCAUCAUCUGCUUCAACAGUGUCGCGAUGGCGUGGUUGCCGGAGCCAUUGUCCGAAGAGCGCGAGAGUCCGGAAGCCGACGCGUUCUACAACAACGAUUGGCAGUCGUGGAACAACUGGCUCUUUGUGCUACUCAUGUUCAUCCUCUACACUACCUAUUGCCUUCUCGUCAAGAAGCUGGCUCAGGGACAAAAGUCGAAGGCGUCGAAAGCUGUAAACAGAUUUAGGAUUUUGGGUGAUAGGGGGGAAAUUAGUCAGAGAACAGAAAUGAGUAGGGUUUCGUGAAUGGCCACCAAGUGCUCUUUCAGAUCUUCUUUCAAUGCGCAGUCAUCUGCGUUUUCAACACCGUCACCGCACUCGUCUACAAUGCGCUCUCCAUAGUCACUCCUGAUCCGUGGAUCGUCCUGCUCGGCCAACUCGCGUGGUCCAUCAACCACGGAUGUCCGGCCAUAAUUUAUUUGACAAUGAACGACACUAUUAACAGAGAGUUUCGCAAACUUGUUUUCAGACAGAUCCCAACGGUACUGUUUUUGGGAGAGUCUGGAUAAAAUUACAUCAUUGCAGAAAGUGGAUGACACCACCAGCAAUGUUCAAACUGUGGCAACUACUAAUAAAGCUCAAGUGCUUCUACUAUAA